GCUUCAUAAACAGCCCAUAUAUAUAGACACACACACAUACCAAAAAAGUUAAAAAGUGUUGAAACUAUGACUGCCAACAGAUUUGCAACAAUUUUAUAUAGAAAUACCAGCAAGAUUACACUCAUUCUCAUAUAUGCACUUCUUGAAUGGAUUUUAAUAGUUCUUCUCCUCUUCAAUUCUCUUUUUUCCUAUCUGAUUAUCAAAUUUGCACAAUAUUUUGGCCUAAAACCACCUUGCACUUGGUGUACUACACCUGAUCAUAUCUUUGAACCUGCAAAGAACAUUCACAGAAAACAUUUCUGUGAAAUCCAUGCCAAGGAGAUUUCCAAUUUGGGUUUCUGUUCAAAUCAUCGAAAAUUGUCUGAAUUUGGUGAAAUGUGUGACGAUUGCUUGUCUUCAGGGCCAGAAUUUACUUUGAAAUGUGCCCACAAAAGAAAUUUGAUUUCGGAGGAUGAUGAUGAUCAUCAUCACAUUGAAGAAGGCUGUGAUCUUAAUAAGAAAAUAUCAGACUUUGCUACUGAUUCAUUUAAUAAAGCUGAUGAUCAAGGUCCUUUACGAGCCGAGAUUGAAGAAGACGUGAUUCCUAAUAUGCCCACUUCCGUGGCCAGUCCUCAUAACUUGCACGAGAAAAAGGACUACGGGACCGAAGAGUCUUUGGAUGGAAGUGUGACUAGUGAGUUGGAAAGUGGGGAUGGAAUUGUUACAGUCGAACGCCUCAAAUCAGUACUAAGAGCUGAACAAAAGGCUUUGCAGACACUAUAUUCCGAGCUAGAAGCAGAGCGGAGCGCUUCUGCAGUGGCUGCGAAUCAAAUGAUAGCAAUGAUGGAUCAGCUGCAGGAAGAGAAGGCAGCAAUGCAAACGUCUGAAUAUGAUCGAGAAGAUUUGCAACUUUUAAAUGAGCUUGUGGUGGACAGGGAGAAGGCAAAACAAGAACUAGAGAAAGAAUUGGAAGGAGUUAGGAAGAAAUUGUCGGAUUAUGAGGAUAGUGAUGGAUUGUCUGUUGAUUUGAAUCGAGAUGCGAAGGAAGAAGAGGGAUUCUAUAGCAAACAAGAAUGCAGCAAUUCAAAAAUUCGGGUUGAUGAAGUUAUAGACAUGGAAGAAUCAUUAGCAGACUUUGAGGAAGAAAGGUUGUCCAUUCUAGUACAGCUUAAGGUUUUAGAAGAAAAACUUGUGUCGUUGGAACAUGAAGAGGAAAGACGUUCUGAAGGUACUACGCCGCUGGAAGAUUUACACAAAGAGAAUGACAUUCGUGUAGAUGAAAACACUUGUUAUAGCGAUGAAUCAAACGAGCAUCUUCUUCAAGAGAUUUUGAAACAUCUUCAUGAUUUACGCGAUGUGGAGCUUCUGGAGAGAAAUUUGAGUGAUGGUGCUAAUAUGAAGUAACGUGCCUAAUCGCACGCUAAGUUUAGACAUUCGAUCGUGUGAUGUACUUGGAACAGUUGAUUAUGUUUUCUGGUAUAUUUUUUGUUAUUGUUGUUAAUUUGUUUGGUGGGGGGUCUUAUUUUUGUGGUAAUAUUGUUGUUAAUUUGUUUGGUGGGGGGUCUUAUCUUGUGUUCUUCAUUUUGUCCUAUGAAACCUUUUCUUUUUGUCCAUCUCUACCUUUUGAAGGAUAGGGAGAUGAUGUUUUA